AUGAGAUUACAUCGACAACAAAAUUCACACAUCUCCACCAUGAAUCAGCCAAUGUCCAAGAGGAGACGCCUCGAGAGAGACCAGAGACACCGUGAAGAACGUGUCGCUGCCGCUGCCAAGGAAAACAGUGGCACGACUGGCCAGCAGAACGGCAUGCAGAAGGACGAGAAUCACGGCAAUGCCGAAGUCAAGGAGGAGAGCAAGGAGCAGCGGAGCCGCGAGGACGUCAUGAAAUCUGUCAAGUCGAUUAUGGCCAGGAUGUACCUCAUGCGCGACGAUGAGGGCUCCCUCGCCGAGGAAGUGGAGAAAUUCAAGGCUGCGGAGGAAGCGUGCAUCGUCGCCAAGAAGACAAUCGAUGCGGUCGAGACCUCAAACGAAGCAUACCGCGAGGGCUACGACGGCAACGGAUGCCGGACUACCUUCCAUGACCCACUCGAGUCUGUGAAAGUCCGCAAGCUGGCGCAGACCGCCAUCGACGGUGUCACACUGAUGUAUGCAUCACCGUUUUCCAACAACGGCAUGGCGCCAUCCACACUCUACAACAUGGCCGUCACACAGGCAGACAACACCCAGUACCUUGCAGCGAAGAAGCAGUUCGCCUGGGAGUCUAUCGACACGCGCGGUCAUCUCGAUAAGCUCAUGCAGCAUGAGAAGAACCGCGGCGGGAUGGUAGGGCUCGUGCGCGAGCUCAAGCUUGCUGUGCCGGCGAUGAGCGAGGAGGACAUGGCACGCGAGGUUCGGCUCAUGCAGGAAAAGUACAAGAAUAUCAAGCCGGAGUAG